AUGACAUCAUACAUGCCAUGUUUUUGUCCAAAUUUAACGUGUUUUGCAUGCUACGUACGAUCAGUUUUUAGAGCAAUUGUUUUAAUAUCCAAUCCUGAUGAGCAAUCGAUUACCGAUCAUAUCAUGAAUAAUCACAUGAGUGCAAAACGGCCAAUCAUAAAAACCGUUUUAAAUUUUUUAUUAUCAAAUCACAUGCUUGAAUCUAAAGUGGAAUACGCAAUCAUCGGAAAUGAUGCAGAUAUACGUGGAGCUAACAAUUCAAACGAGACCCCUGUGUCGCUGGAAGAACACAGUACCGAUGUCGCAGCAGCAGCAUCAACAGCGACAUGCAGUAGCAUUAUCGAUCUUGAUGACGGUUCUCGUCAUAUUAUUAAUAAUCGGCACGUCGUCGCACGCUUGAAUUUUGUAUGUAACGUAUGCAAUAGACCGUGUUUAUCUGCGGCCGGACUCGGAAGCCACCGCCGCAUUCAUCGAUCGUGA